ACAAUUUUUCUAGCCAAACUUCUAGUGGGAACCCAAGAGAAAUUCACCAACUACGUACUAGUCUAAAGCUCAGACUCCACCAUUAAAAAAGUUUCAGCACAUUUCAUAUUUCAUUGAAUUCCACAAAACCAGCCUCAUUUAUAACCCAUCUGGGUUUCUUCUAUUCUGGUUGUUUCUCCACCGCUCCAUCUUUCAUUGAUUUUCUCUUAUGUCUGUUUUCCAAAAAAUUUCAUCAUCAAUUCAAAGCAGCUUUUCUCUCUAGCUAGUUGAGCUCUUUAAUUGACAUAACCAAGAAAAAAAAGAGCUCUUUAAUUCUCUCAUUUUCUUUUACACUUUCCGAACAACUUGUUCAUUUAUGCCAAAGUUUGUAUCUUUAAGUCUUACCUAGUCUAACUUUCCUACAUAUCUUUGUAUGUGUUCUGUAUAUAUUGAAGAUCUAAGAAAACCCAUUUCUUUUUUAUGGAUCUUAUUGUAAGAAAAAGCUACAUGAUCCAUGACUCUCAAGCUCUUUCACCAAGCACAAGUCCUGGAGGUGGAAGCUCAUUCUUUGGGUCUAGCUUGCAUUCUUCAGGUAGCAGUUUCCCCAUUAUAGCCGUUGCUAUAAUUGGAAUCAUAGCCACAGCUUUCUUGCUUGUCAGCUACUACAUCUUUGUCAUCAAAUGCUGCCUCAAUUGGCAUCGUAUUGAUAUUCUAAGACGCUUUUCGCUAUCAAGACGCCGCAACGAAGAGCCUUUGAUGGUCUACUCUCCGGGGAUACAGACUCGAGGACUAGACGAGUCGGUGAUCCGAUCAAUCCCAAUAUUUAAGUUCAGGAAAGAAGGUAAUAAGGACUUUGGAGAAAGAAACUUAUGUGAAUGUGCAGUUUGCUUGAAUGAGUUCCAAGAGGAUGAGAAGCUAAGAAUCAUACCAAACUGUAGUCAUGUGUUCCAUAUUGAUUGCAUUGAUGUUUGGCUUCAAAGCAAUGCUAAUUGCCCACUUUGUAGAACAAGCAUUUCGGCCACAUUUUCACGGUUCCAAACCGAUCUAAUUCUUGCUCCAAGCUCUACCCCUGAGGAUCCAACUCCGUAUACCGAUAAUCUCAUUGGUGGGGAUGAAGAUUUUGUGGUGAUUGAGUUGGGUAAUGACCAUUCUCCUAAUCAAACAUUGCUUGGAACGCAAGAAAGGUCGAAUUCAAGAGAAUUAUCGUCGCGUUCAAUUAGUCCUUCGCCAAGGAAGUUGGAACAGAGAGCUGUACAAAAAAAGGGAAGGAAGUUUCAUAAGGUUACAAGCAUGGGAGAUGAAUGCAUUGAUAUUAGAGGCAAAGAUGAACAAUUUUCAAUCCAACCCAUUAGGAGGUCUUUCUCAAUGGACUCAUCCACUGACCGACAGCUCUACUUAGCGAUUCAAGAGGCCUUAAGACAGAACACGCAAGUCAGUGAAGUCAAUAGUCCCAUUGAAGGUUGCAGUAGUAGAGUAAGAAGAUCAUUUUUCUCUUUUGGGCACGGUAGUAAGUCAAGAAGUGCUAUUCUACCCGUUUAUUUGGAGCCAUAGAACCUCUUUUCCUUUUCUUCUUUUCUUUGUUUUGGGUCUUAAUUUUCUUAGUGUUUUUGUGAUUUAGAGCUUCCAGUUGUAUUAUUGAGAGGAUAUAGGAUUUGUCAAAUAGAAACAUUCAAUUGAAAUUUGAAAAAAAAAAAAAAAAAAAAAAAGCUUUUUUUGAUUAUUUAA